AUGUGUUUACGGCAUUUUUGUAAGAAAACGUUGGAAUUAAGUUUCCUUGUAUGUUUCUUCCUUAGUGUCUUCAGAAACUUUUCUUUUUCCCUAUCCUACGACAGACAACUAAUAAGACACUUAUCUUUUGAAAACACUUUGCCAUCGCACUCUUUGUACUAUGUAAACUUUCUCGAAAGCAUCAGUCGUUCAAAAUGUGCAAUGCGAUGUCUUAUGCUAAAAUCUGCAUGUGCAGGAAUUUUGUACAAUAAAGAGUUACUUUCGUGUAAAAUCUUGAAGUGUCAUCUUACUGAAAAAUCUAUAAAAAGGACUUCUGCUGGUGUUGGAUGGGAAUUUUGGCUUGUACAUGGCGUUUGCCCUGAUGGCUGGUUACCUUUUGAUCACCAUUGUUAUUUUUUCAAUAAAACCAAGAAUAACUGGUUCACUGCCAAGGAACAGUGUGAAAAAUAUGGAGCUCACCUUGUUGAGAUAGAGUCACCAGAGGAAAAUACAUGGAUCAUGGAAACUUUUCUUCCUCCUUGGAAUGAAGACGUUUAG